CCAGAGGACGAAUUUGAAGCUUUAUGUCGAAAGCAAUGUCSCAUAAAACUACUACGCUACCCACAAUGCAAUUCAGACCGGUCUCAACUUUUGUCUGAAAGGGGGAAAUGGGAGUUGGCUGAUAAACGCAUAUUGUUUUACUGCCUGAAAACUAAUAGUAACCUAAACUACAGUAUUGCCUAAACUCUGUGGUAUAUUUGGAACAAGAAAUAAUCAGAUUUCGCGAAAAUGUAUAUGUCUCUGUGAUAAAACAACCUUUUAACAAAUGCGGGUUCAGAAAGAGCAUUUACAAGCUAAUUGUACCACCAAGGGGCGGUAUUGCUAUUCAAGAAAGUGUCUGGCACGGAAAACAUUUCAAUUAAACUAUUUUUUUAGACAGGUUUAUAUUUAUCUAGGCACCUACCUUCUAUAAAUAUAUUUUGAUGUGAAUAAACUGAAAUCCCUGUCGUUGUAUGACAAAUUACAAAUUUAGUACGGAUUAGUUUAAUAUUAUAGCCUAUCACAGUCUGUCUGACACCCCUAUUGAGUUGGCACAAGGUCGUUAAGGAUUAUGACAGUGCAGUAACCAUAGGCAGUGACGGUAAAUGAAGUGGAGAGCUGUGUGGAUGGAUUUUAAAGUCACAUGACCGAAGUCAACGACUCAAACCUCUAUGGACGAAAACAGAGGUGUGGGCUACUUUUGUGACACGGAGGGAUCAGAGGCAUUGAGGGAGCGAACGGAGUUUUCAGAAGGACGGGGGGCUCCGACUCCUCGCCUAAAAAUGCCGAAUAAAGGGAAAAAAMAUAAGGAAUCUUCCAAGUCUGUGAAGUCAAGCAAACCUGGAUGCAAAAAUGGACAUUCCAACUCUGACCAUGAGGUUUCCAAUAAGAAGAGCGCGCAGCCGCCCAACACCCAGCUGCUGAGGGUGAAACCUGGCUCAAACUCAGCAGUCAAGAGGGAGCGGAGGCUGAGUGCGUCUGUCUUCCCCAUCAGCACCAAUAGGAAGCUGCAGACGCUGCCUGCUAUUAAAGACCACAAACACAACUCUCCUUCCUACUGA